CACACGAUGUCAUUAGAUUGAUACACACGAUACAUACACACAAAUAAUCGCAAAAACACAGUAUUUUUAAUUGACACGUUUUAUGAGUCAACACUGUCAACAAUUUAACUUAUUUUAUCAAUUAAUUAUUUAUUAAAAAUAAGCGAAAUGAGUGAAAGUCCUAGUGUAACCGAUAAAGUGGAAGAAUUAAAAUUGGACGAUGAUGUUGUCGAUCCAUGGAAUGUAGCUAGUACCUCGGACGCCGGCGUUGAUUAUGAUAAACUCAUAGAACGUUUCGGAUGUUCAAAAGUCGAUUCCGAAUUGGUAGCCCGUUUGGAGAAAUUAGCCGGUCAGCCCGUACAUCAUCUCAUUCGUCGUGGUAUAUUCUUCUCACAUCGAGAAUUGAAUAUUGUUUUGGAUAUGGUCGAGCAAGGGAAAAAGUUCUAUUUGUAUACGGGACGUGGUCCGUCGUCCGGAUCAUUACAUUUAGGACAUUUGGUACCAUUCAUAGUAACAAAAUGGCUGCAGGAAGCCUUCAAUGUACCGUUGGUGAUCCAGUUGACCGAUGACGAGAAGACAUUGUGGAAGGAUUUAACAGUUGAACAAGCAAUGAAAUUGGCCCGAGACAAUGCCAAGGACAUUAUUGCAAUGGGUUUCGAUGUGAACAAGACAUUCAUUUUUUCGGAUCUGGACUUUAUGGGAAAAUGUCCGGCAAUGUACCAGAAUGUCAUCAGAAUUGCGAAACGGGUCACAUUCAAUCAAGUUCGCGGAAUAUUCGGUUUUGGUGAUGCGGAUCCUAUCGGUAAAAUUGGAUUCCCACCUGUUCAAGCAGCGCCAGCAUUUUCGUCGACGUUUCCAUUCAUAUUCGGUGACAAAACAGUUCGAUGUUUGAUUCCAUGUGCUAUCGAUCAAGAUCCUUACUUCCGGAUGACCAGGGACGUUGCGCCGAGACUUAAGUUACCGAAGCCUGCCUUAAUCCAUUCGAAAUUCUUCCCAGCACUGCAAGGGGCUAAAACUAAAAUGUCUGCUAGUGACACGAAUUCGGCAAUCUUUUUGACGGAUACUUCGAAGGAAAUCAAAAACAAGAUCAACAAACAUGCAUUUUCUGGCGGCCAAGUCACUCUAGAGGAUCAGCGACGAUUAGGCGCCAACACCGACAUUGACGUAUCAUAUCAAUUGCUUCGAUUCUUUUUGCCCGACGACGACCAAUUGGAGAACGUGCGGUUAUCGUACAGCAAAGGUGAAAUGCUUAGUGGUGAGAUUAAAAAAUUGGCCAUCGAAACCCUACAACCGAUUGUAGCCGAACAUCAAGAGAAGCGUAAACUUGUUACGGAUGAAAUUUUGGAUCAAUUUAUGGCGAUAAGAAAACUCAAUUUCUAGAACUUUGGUAUUUAUUAUUUACUUUCUGUACACACUGCUUCAUCCGCUGCGAAUGAAAAUUAUUCAGCAAACA